GCGGCGGCCCCGCCAGUGCUGCAGUGAGGGAGGCGCGGAGGAGGAGGGGGGGAAGUGAGAGAGGCAGAGAGCGGCUCCAACUGUUGAAUUUUUUUUUCUCUGAAUUUCGCUGCACUUUCCCUUGGCGGGGCGGCUGGUUGACAUGGAUCUGGUUUAUCGGGCGUCGGCGUGGCUUUCGCGUGCUGCCUGGCUAAGACUUCUGGCGACCGGCUGUUUGAGAGGGGCCACCCAUCAAUGAGGCAGAGAAGAAUAUUUGUUGUUUUUAAUUUUUAUUUUUUUCUUCUUUUCCUUUUGAAAGCCUCUCCACCACAGGUUGCAGAAUUAACUGUGUACUUUGGGUCUGGACUCAAAUAAAGGAGAAAAAAAACCAAACCCAAACAGUGCAGAACUGAGACUCGGAACUAGAUCUGUGAGAUAUGUAUUGGGAAUCUAUGUUUUGUUUGGCUUUUUUUUUUUCCUCUUAAUAUGAAAGAUCUCUGACUUAUUUCACACAUAACACUGAGGAAAGGUGGUUAAAAACACUCAGCAAAGCAGGAGACAGACGCGCCUCUGUGCCAGUGAGUGGAUAACAGCCUUGUUUUCCUGAUCCUCAGUCUCCCGGAGAAAGAGGACCGGGAACUCUUCGCCUGCGCGGAGGAGAAGAUCUUUUGCAAAUUUUCUGAUUUUUGAAAUCCUCCCACUGCCGAAGUUGGACACCCGAAGUAACUGCGAGGGGACUGCAAGCACGGCCAGCGCUUGCUGAAAGGCUGCCGAAGCUGCUCCCCCCCCACGCCCCCCACGCCUCCGGCCCCCCCGAUUGCUCCCUCCCUCUGAGCUACAUGGUCCAUUUGCUGCCUCUCAUCCUGUGUCUCUGCAGAUGUUUUAGAGCAACAGGUUCAGGAACUUAAAAUAUAGGGGUGGGGAGAAAGAAAGCAAAGAAAAAAAGAGACAGCCGACGGACGAAGAGGAAGAACAAACCCAGCGCAGGAGGCAGAGAAGACGGGGACAACCCUGGUCGCCGCUGCAGCUGCUGCACCCCCCACCCCUGCUCGGGGAUGUACCUUUCCAUUUGUUGCUUCUUCCUCUGCUGGGCUCCCGCCCUGUCGCUGAAGAACCUGAAUUACUCGGUGCCGGAGGAGCAGGGAGCGGGCACGGUCAUCGGCAACAUCGGCCGCGAUGCGCGGCUGGCGGCGGGCGCGGCGGGAGGCGGGAUGCUGCCCGCGGAGCGCGGCGGCCCCGGCGGCGGCCCCGGCGGUGGCCGCGGCCCCAAGUCCACCUUCCGGGUGCUGGAGAACUCGGCCCCGCACCUCCUGGACGUGGACGGGGAGAGCGGGCUGCUCUACACCAAGCAGCGCAUUGACCGUGAGGCGCUGUGCCGGCGCAGCGCCAAGUGCCAGCUGUCCCUCGAGGUGUUCGCCAACGACCAGGAGAUCUGCAUGAUCAAGGUGGAGAUCCAAGACCUGAACGACAACGCACCGGCGUUCCCCUCUGACCAGGUGGACAUGGACAUCUCAGAAAACGCUGCGCCGGGCACCCGCUUCCCCCUCACCAGCGCCCAUGACCCAGACGCUGGGGAUAAUGGGCUGCGGACGUACCUGCUUACCCGGGAUGACUACGGCCUCUUUUCCCUCGAUGUGAAGUCCCGUGGUGAUGGCACGAAGUUUCCAGAGCUGGUCAUCCAGAAGCCAUUAGACCGUGAGGAGCAGAGCCACCACACCCUUGUGCUGACGGCACUGGACGGCGGCGACCCACCACGUUCGGGCACAGUGCAGAUCAACGUGCGCCUCAUUGACUCCAAUGACAACAGCCCUGUCUUUGAAGCAGCCUCCUACGUGGUAGAGCUUCCAGAAAAUGCACCACUGGGCACUGCUGUCAUCGACCUUAAUGCCACCGAUGCUGAUGAGGGUACCAACGGAGAGGUGCUCUACUCUUUCAGUGGCUACGCACCCGAGCGCGUCCGUGACCUGUUCAGCAUCGACCCGCAGAGUGGUCUCAUCCGUGUCAAGGGCAACCUGGACUAUGAGGAGAGUGGCCUCAUUGAGAUUGAUGUCCAGGCUCGGGACCUGGGGCCCAAUCCCAUCCCUGCUCACUGCAAGGUCACUGUCCGCCUCAUCGACCGCAAUGACAAUGCACCCACCAUUGGCUUUGUCUCCGUUCGCCAGGGAGCACUGAGUGAGGCUGCCCCACCAGGUACCGUCAUUGCCCUGGUGCGGGUCACCGACCGUGACUCAGGCAAGAACGGGCAGCUCCAGUGUCGGGUGCUGGGCGGUGGCGGCGGGCCCGGAGCCGUCCCUUUCACCCUGGAGGAGAACUAUGACAAUUUCUACACUGUGGUCACUGACAGGCCCCUGGACCGUGAGGCACAGGAUGAGUACAACGUGACCAUUGUGGCACGUGACGGGGGCAACCCUCCACUCAACUCCACCAAGUCAUUUUCCGUCCGCAUCCUCGAUGAGAAUGACAACCCACCCCGCUUCAGCAAGAACCUCUAUGUGUUACAGGUGCCCGAGAACAAUAUCCCUGGAGAGUACCUGGGCUCAGUCUUGGCCCAGGACCCCGACCUGGGCCAAAAUGGGACAGUCUCUUACUCCAUUCUGCCUGGGCAUGUAGGUGAUGUCUCCAUCUACACCUAUGUCUCCGUCAACCCUACCAAUGGUGCUAUCUACGCCCUGAGGAGCUUCAACUAUGAGCAGACAAAGCACUUUGAGUUUCGUGUGCUGGCCAAAGACUCGGGCUCACCCCACCGUGAAAGUAAUGCCACGGUACGUGUCACUGUGCUCGAUGUCAAUGACAAUGCACCCCUCAUCGUUCUGCCCGCUCUCAUCAAUGACACCGCUGAGCUGCAGGUGCCACGCAAUGCUGGGGUGGGCUACCCCGUGGGCACCGUCCGUGCCCUGGACAGUGACUUUGGGGAGAGUGGGCGUCUCACAUAUGAGAUUGUGGAAGGCAAUGAGGAGCACCUCUUUGAGAUGGACCCCACUAGCGGUGAGAUACGCACCUUGCACCCCUACUGGGAGGAGCUCAGCCCUGUGGCUGAACUGGUGGUAAAAGUCAGUGACCAUGGCAAGCCCAGCCUCUCUGCAGUGGCCAAACUCAUUGUCAGGGCCUUGGCGGGGCCCCUGCCCGAGGCUGGCGAGCCACAGGUGAAUGGCGAGCAGCAUCGGCGACCACACUGGGACUUGUCACUGCCCCUGAUCGUGACGCUGAGCACUGUCUCCAUCAUCCUGCUGGCUGCCAUGAUCACUAUUGCUGUGAAGUGCAAGCGAGAGAACAAGGAGAUCCGCACCUAUAAUUGUCGCAUUGCCGAGUAUAGCCACCCUCAGCUGGGAGGAGGGGGAGGCAGUGGCGGGGGAGGAGGAGGCAGUGGCAGUGGAGGGGGCAAGGGCAAGAAGAAGAAGAUCAGCAAGAAUGACAUUAUGCUGGUGCCCAGUGAGGGCGAGGACAGCCGGGGCCCCCUCAAUGUCAUGAACGUGGUGAGCAGCCCAUCCCUGGCCACCUCACCCAUGUACUUUGACUACCAGACCCGCCUGCCCCUCAGCUCUCCCAGGUCUGAGGUGAUGUACCUGAAGCCCGCCUCCAACAACCUGACUGUACCCCAGGGACAUGUGGGCUGCCACACCAGCUUCACAGGGCAAGGGACUAACGCCAGCGAGGCUCCCCCGAGCCGGAUGUCCAUAAUUCAGACAGACAAUUUUCCCGCAGAGCCCAAUUACAUGGGCAGCAGGCAGCAGUUUGUUCAAAGUAGCUCCACGUUCAAGGAUCCAGAAAGAGCCAGCUUGAGGGACAGCGGGCAUGGGGACAGUGAUCAGGCUGACAGUGACCAAGACACUAACAAAGGCUCCUGCUGUGACAUGUCUGUUAGGGAGGCACUCAAGAUGAAAACUACUUCAACUAAAAGCCAGCCACUUGAACAAGAACAGCAAGGCAGAGGCCAAAGACCCAUUGUUGGGAUCUGUGGACCAGCCCGCUGUGAGGAUGGAAAAUUCUCAGAGCAAGAAGAAUGUGUUAACUGCACAGAUGAAUGCAGAGUGCUUGGUCAUUCUGACAGGUGUUGGAUGCCACAGUUCCCUGCAGCCAGUCAGGCUGAGAAUGCAGAUUAUCGCACAAAUCUCUUUGUACCCACAGUUGAAGCUAAUGUUGAGACUGAGACAUAUGAAACUGUGAAUCCCACUGGGAAAAAGACUUUUUGUACAUUUGGGAAAGACAAGAGAGAGCACACUAUUCUCAUUGCCAAUGUUAAACCUUACUUAAAAGCCAAACGUGCCCUGAGUCCUCUGCUUCAGGAGGUUCCCUCAGCAUCGAGCAGCCCAACCAAGACAUGCAUUGAGCCUUGCACCUCAACAAAAGGACCACUGGAUGGUUGUGAAGUGAAAUCAGGAGCCUUGGCUGAACCAAGCAGCCAGUACUUGUCAACUGACAGUCAGUAUCUAUCGCCUAGUAAACAGUCAAAAGACGCUCCCUUCAUUGCAUCAGAUCAGAUGGCUAGGGCCUUUGCAGAUGUGCAUUCCCGAGUGAGUCGAGACUCGAGUGAGAUGGACUCUGUUCUGGAGCAGUUAGACCGUUCAGCCCGGGAUCUAGGUAGGGAGUCGGUGGAUGCCGAGGAAGUUGUGAGAGAAAUAGACAAGCUCUUGCAGGACUGUCGGGGAAGUGACCCUGUGGCCGUCAGAAAGUGAGGGGGAAAAUAAGGACAGGCUGGCAGUUAUGUUCCUCUUCUGCUGAUUAAAAGUAAAUAAAUAAAUAAAUCCCCUGGUUGUAACAGAUUCACAGGAAUGAAGGAAGACCAAUGCUGCUUUAAGGCUUUUAGUGAACAUCUGAAGUGCCCACAAGUAUGUUCUUUUCACUGCUCUUUCUUUUUGACAGAUAACACUGGUUUCAUUUUGACCAAGCUUUCAUUAGGACAGAGUCAAGUACACUAAGAACAAAACGAAAGAAGGAAAGACGGUGCCAUUUUGACAAUCUGAUAGAAAGGUGUGAGAAAGGUGGAAUGGAAAUACGUCUGAUACUUUAAGACUGUCCUCAAUAGCUGAUGCUGACUUUACUGUUUACGUAUAAACCCCAAGAAAAACAGGGUUGAAUAAUUCUGAUCUGUGGUGGAUUUCCAGCAGUCACCACAGCCUUCUACUGAAAGUCCUAAAAAGAGUUCUUGUAGUAGUCCAAGUGACACCAAACAUUAACGUUCAUUUGUGGUAAACAUUUAUGUACAAAGUUAUCUGCCACAAAUAUGGAAAAAAAAAAAAAAAAGAAAAAGAAAACAAAAAAACACAUUCCAAGUCAUUAUUCAACAAAACAUAUCUUGAUCAUUAGUAAAACACUUCAUAUCAUAUUAAGGUUAAAUGUAAAAUGAUAUAGUCCAUCUUGUCCUGCACACACAUAAGCUAAUUCACUUGAUAAAAAAAAAAAAGAUUUUAAUAUCUAUUUAGCGUUUUAGUGUCCAACAAACUAUAAAUAGUUAGCAUUAAGUUUUAAAAAAACUGAAGUAAAAUAAAGUUUAAAAAAAAAUAGUUACCUUUAAGGGUAAUACACAAAAGAAAUUAACAUUAUUAACACUUUUUUAUUCAUUUUUGGACACUAAAAUAGCUCAGGAAAGUGAAAAUGUCUUAGACAUCCACAAAAAUCACAUGAUCAUUUAAAUGUGCAAAUGUAAGAAGAUUCAGUGUGUUUACAUCAAAUGACAUAUUUUUAUUGAUUUAUUGCAGAUUCAGUGCAUAUGAGCCAAAUUGUUGAGUGUAUAAGAGCUAUAUUGUGUAUUUUAUUAAAUUAAUAUAUAGUUGUGUUGCAAAAAUAUUUGGGCUUAUAUUGUAAAUGGCAAGUGUUGCCUCAGUAGCUGUCGAACUCUAUGAGUUUUGUUUUUUCCUGCUUCCUUUCCCCAUGGAUUGUGGGAAGCAGCGCCUCAGAGCAAAGUCUCUUGUUUAAUGUAUGGUCUACGAAGUACUGCAGUACAUAAUCUGUUCAAAAUGUGUUUGAGUGAGCUGAUGGAGCUAACUGAACAGCCUACAAAUACAUCCAUCAGUCAUGGUUAUGUGCAAGUCCUUGUAGAAGCUUCUAUUGCUAACCCAUGUUUUAAUAACAAAAAUUACACUCGAAGCAACACCUGGAACCUCCUUGGUUGUUUUGUUGUUUUUUUUCAAACACAUGCAGUCACCCUGUUUAAUGUAGAAUAUUUGAUUGACUCCUUAAGAGAUGCCACCAUUUGCAAAGUUUUCCUAUUAAGUUCAUAGAGCUGAAAAACAUGUCAGUGCCGAUAUGGCAUGGGCAGUAUUUUAUCUGAUUCUUUAGAAUGUGCAAUUACUUACUGAAAUUCUAUAUAGUUCUGCUUAUUUUGGAAGGUGUUUUUAGUUUGGUUUUCAUUUGUUCUGAAAAGUAUUUGGGAAUAACUUGGGAUAUAGUUUCUACUUUUUUAUUAUUUUUUAAGUGUGCUUUUAUUGCAUUUGAAAAAUUCAAAAUUGCCUUCAGAUGAAAGUUAAAAACCAACCCACAUUCAAAAUGAACUUGCACAGAACAAGAAGAAGCAAAAGAAUUAAAUAUUUAGCUCAGGAUUUGUCCCUUAUAUACUUCAGAUCCUCUGUUGGAAAUACCACUAUGGCACGUUGUUUAAAAAUGUUGUAUUGGGUUUAUUAAAAUUAAUCUGUACUUUACAAACAUAUAUAAGAGAGGUUGGCAAUUUCAAAUCCCACAAAGCCAUAGUUUUCAUCAGUUCAAGAAAGUUGACCAGACAUCCUGUUUUGAUGUUGGGAUUGCUGUUAAAUGGUGAUUUUAGCUAGUCAGUUCUACAGUGAAUUGUGUUUGGGAGACAACCAUUCUGACAGUUUGCGUUUAGCUCCUCCUGUUAAAAAAGCCUACAAUUCCAUGUAAAAAAAAGGAUCUUGUACAUGUUUUAUCAAGCUACUCUCCAUGUUUUGGACAAUUUAUGUAUCUAAAAUGUGGUGUUGUCUGUGUUAUAUAAUUUUAUAUUUUUUUUUUUUUUGGCCAGGAGACCCGAGAUUGGUUUCGCUUGAUAGCUUGAUAGCUUGAAAUUCCAUAGUGGAGAGGAUUUCUUAUUGUUUGAUCAGUCUUCUAUACGUAUUUCUGUGGUGCCCAUCACUCCAGUGUCUGUGCACCAAGUCUUUAGCUCUGCCAGUGAAAUCCAUUAUUCAGCAAAAUCUAAGCCAGUAUGUAAAUGCAGUCAAGUGAUGGAGAUUUGUGUAUUUUAUAAAUGAUUUUAACACUGAGUAACCAAUUGUACAAUUCAUGUAUGUUUCUGAAGACAUAAAACCACAACAUUCUGAGAAAGGGCUGUGCCAAUGUAAGAGGAAUUUACCUUAAGGCUCUCUGUCACUAGUGAUUUACUAGCUUUAGCUGUUUAACACAUUAUCUGUAUUUAGUAGUGAUUAUUUAUUUACCACUCUGAGGUAAUUCAGAAUUCAUGACUCACAGCUUUAUAGAGGAGUUUAGGAAAUCUUGCUUUUAUUUAAGUUGGCUGACAACUGCCUUUUGUUGUAGAUCUCCGGCAUACUGCUUCCAAGAAUAUCCCAGGUUAAAAAAUCUGUUUCACAAUUUAGAAUGGAUACAUAAUGAACCAAUAACCUUCAGAGCUUCUACAAUGUUAGUUUCGCUGGUUCAGCCAAAAUUAACAUGAUUGUGUGUGAAGGAAGUGCAACACACACAAGAAUUAAAAAAGUAUUUUUUCUCUAUGGUAUCUCUACUAUUGCCACUGGAGAAAAAGGCAGCAAUGAAAGAUAAAGUUUAUGAGUUAUUUCUCCCAUUUCCCAUUCCUUACAUACAUGUUUUAUAAGACUGAAAGAAAAUAUCUGCCACAUGAUUAUAAAAAGAGUGGCAGAGUUAAGGGAGGCAAGCUAAGUAACUAAUAAAAUUGUACUGUACACUGUGAAUAGCAAAUAAGGCAUUCAAUAUCUUUUUUUUUUUUUUUUAUUAAUGAAAGCCAUCAACUGGGAGUUCCUUAAACAAUUUCCCAAUCAAAUCAGGACCUUUUUAUUUCUGGAUUUUUUUUUUUUUUUUACAUAUUUAUCAGGAAAGAGAUUCUCCUGAACUGUGAUUUGCCACUUGAGAAUAUAGGUUUCCCAGUCCAAGUUACCCCUAAAAGACAAACAUUGCCCAUAGUGAAUCAAAAUUCAUCAUUCAAAUAAACUUUCAAGCUGUUUGCUGUCCAAUGGAAGGGAAAUUGCUGAGGUCAAGAAGGGGUCUGAAGCCUAGCAUAAUAUACACCCACUCAUAAUUGUUUAAUUACUUUAUUUUGACAUCAGGCAGUGAUUAUUAUUGCAUUAAUUCAAACGGGAGUUUUGGCUAUCAAGAUUUGUUGAUUUGAAGUGUAAUUGAAUGAAACCUGAUUAAGGUUUUGACUUCUCUGGCCCAAUUGUGAUACAGGUUGGCAUUCGCAUUUAUCAGCCCCUGUCUCCCCAUAUGGCUCAAAGUUGCACCAAUGACUGGUGAAUGACACAAAAAACAAACAAAGCAGCAUACAUUGUAUGGAUUAUCUCAACCGCUAUUGUUUAAUGGCUGUGUUUAAUGUGACCUAUCUGGAAAAUGAGGACUACGAAUAAAAAGCAAUUACUAAUAGUGGUGUUGCCUGCUUUUGCAUUCAUUAACACAGAAGAAAUGUGUUAAACACUGCAUACCACAGGGAGCCUGAUGGUAAUUACUUUGGAAAAGCAACUUGUGGCAAUGCGGCUGUUACAGCUAGUUAUCAGUUUGCCAAAAAAAUGACAGUUCCUGCUUCAUUUAUUAGAAAUGUGUAACUGUUUUCUCUCAACAGGAAGGUGGUGAAGAGUUUUCAUCAAGCUGGGUAGGUUUAUCUUUUAAGCAGCUGAUGUGCUGAAUCCCUACAGGCUGUUAUUUGCUCAUAGAAACAUGGAGCUGAAUAAAGGAUAGUUUGGUUUAGUACACUGGUACGAGUUCACCAAAAGCAUUAUAAAUGAGGGUAUAAGUUCUGAAAGACUGUCAACCCAACAUGAAAGAUCAAAACACUGCUUGAGUAUACAAGCAGAGAAAAAAUUCUGAAGAAUGUAAAGGGCUGGGGUUUUUUGUUUUGG